AUGAAGUCACGACUGGCAGGCGCUCUUAGAGGAGAUGAAGCAGGGACGCCCGUUAGAGGAGGGAGUUUGACCCUGUGGAUCUCCGGAUCGCAGGUUCGUGCCCGCUCAGACCCCACGAAGUUUCUGCAAGCCGGGGGGGUCCGUAAAGCCUCCCGCGCCCCUCCUCUCCCGCUUGGAAAGACGCGACUGCAGGAGCCGCCUUGCAGUCCCAGCAGGGGCGGGGCCCGGGCCCCCCCGCCCCCGGGAGUCAGGUGGGGGCGGGGCCGCGCGCCGGGGACGGAAGCGGCGGGAGAGCUCAUGGCGGUUCUUUUGACUCCGCGGUUUCGCAGACUGGGCAGCCAGAACGAGCUGGCGGGCCCGGGACUGAACGGGCCGGGCUCCGGGGCCCCCAGAGGCGGCUCCUGCCGGAAAAGGAGGACAGGAUGUACUGGUCCUUUUCAAGCUACUCAGCUAUGGAAUGGUAUUAUUCACUCCCUUCAGACCCAAGUGGAAAUUAAAAAAAGGAGGCAUCAUUUACGAACAUACAAAGACUGUUUUACUGGUUCUGAUGCUGUUGAUGUAGUAUUAAGUCAUCUUAUGCAAAACAUGAGCCUAAGUAACAAUAACAUCUCUCGUCUUAAAGGAGUCAGUCUUUGCCAAGUUCUAAUGGAUCAUAAAGUAUUUGAACCAGUAGGAAUUAAGCUAUUCAAAAAUGAAAAGGAAUUGGAAUUUGAAGAUUCCAACAAUACUCUCUACAGGUUUGUAGGCAAUAAAUUAUCUUACGUUUUUUGCAAAAGAAGAAAGGAUGCUGAGAAUGUGUUCACUGAUGAAAUAGAACCAGAAGAAAUUUUAAGAACAGAAGAUGAAAUGAUUUCAAAUCCUCUAGCACAAGAGAUUGGUGAGAAAAGAAUUGAGGAACUUACUCAUACAAUGAAUGGAAAUCCAACUUUACCUCCAAAUAUCACAGUUAACAAAUUUGUUCUCCAGCUUUCAAAAGAAGCUGUGGAAGGUGUGUGGAAGCAGCAAACACUGUUGCGCAUUCUUCAGUUGAUUCACCUUCCCUUCUUGGAAAGUAUUUUGGAGCCUCCGGUUAAAACGCAAAGUCUCCAGUUCAGCAAAGAGGAAGAUCUUGUCAUCUCUAACACUUGCCCAGACAGAGACCUUAUUCCAAGCUCAUGUCUACCUGAGACUGAUCACUGGCUAGAUGCAGCCCUGGGGUGCUUGGCGUACUUCCCUGACCAGUUAAUAGUUACAACUAAUCAGCAGUUAGUACAAAGCAGAAGCGAAGAGACAAGACUGGAUAUUCAGAAGAAGAUACUCUUUGACGUAAUCGUGAAAUAUUAUAGUCGAGAGAGAGAAUGCCUGUUAACCGAUGAGUAUUUUGACGUUCACUCAGGAAUUAUUGAACUUUUAGAAAGUGGGAAACGGCCAGAAGCCCUGGAAGCAGCACAGCUGUACGUAAGAUUGUUGCUACCCAGCAUCAGAGAAGAAUUACGGCGGCUGCUCAUGUUCAUGACUGUCGCAUCAGAGCCAAAGGCCUACAAGUUGCAAAGACAGUAUGAUAACAAAACAGUGGUCCUGAAAACUCUUGCCAAAGCAGUUUUGCAAACCAAAUCAUUAUUAAAAGAACGGACAGAACAACUGGUCUGUUUUCUACUGGAGUGUCACUCUGAACUCUUCAAGAUACCGGUCACUUUAUUGGAUCUGGUGAGUCAGCAACUUAAGAAGCUUCUCCAGGGACAAGACCCAGAUGCCGAAUCAGGUGUGGCUAGUGAUAGCACCUACACACCAGCACCUGAGGGUACUGAAGAUGUAACGAGAAAAAAUACCAAGAGCUUGACACAUGUUUUUGAACUCGUCGAUUUUGACACCUUUGAGUGCUUCUGCCGUGUUUUGUUCCACCUCUUCCACAUCGGCAAAACGUUUCCUUUUGAGGACUUUUUUCAUCUGGAGAAACCAAAAAAAAGUCACUCUGAGAGAGAUCAGGCGAAUAGACAGGAGGACACAGGGGUCAUGCCGUCUGUGCUCAAAAACUGCUGCACCCUCAGCACAGUGUGGGCAGAGGCGCUGUCGUAG